AAAUUAAUAAUAUAUUGUGUAUGUUACUUUUUUGACGACAUUGACUAUGUUACACGAUUAUAACAAUGCUCAUGGGUCAUUUUGACCAAACGCAUUAUAGAUAUGUGUUAUAUCGGAUUUCAAUAUAACGUUCUUUGUCUUCUUAUAUAAUAAAUUUACUUACCUUUGCCACAUUUGCAAUAUUGCCAUCGGUUGCAAAAUUAACGGCUUUUAAUUAAAAAACUGAAACAUCUAUUACUCAAUGAAAAGUAUUGUGACAAACGACAAUGCAUACUGUAUGUGAUAAUUUGCGAUAAUUGGCCGACUUUGACUAUAGAUUAACGACUUUUAAGUAGACUUAUAAAAAAGUUAUGACUAUUUCAUAGAUAUGAUAAUUAUAUUCAGCAUAACUAUUCAAUGAUAAUAAAAAUAUUGUAUGGCCUUUCUGGUAUACCAUGAGGCGUUUUUGGUUCACUGAUGCGGACUUUUUGGGAAGCCUUUUUGGUAAACGGCCUUUCUGGUACUAUAUCUUUGAGGGGAGCUAAACACCUAUUUGAUACAUUACAUUUAACACAUUUUAAAUAAAACAUGAUAGCAAUAGAAACAUUUCAUGUAAUUUGGACCGAAAUCUUUGUGAAUAUCUUCCAACGUACCGAUUCGCGUAGCCAGUUUUAUGACGGACUUCGGCGGAGUGACCUCCCUUGAAAUCGGGGGGCGUGGCUUCACUCUCGCUGUCGAAAGGUCAAUUUAGCAUGACAAUGCUGCCAAGGAAGGUUAAACAGGUUUUAAAAUAUGGCACACUGGCCGGUGCAACCUUAGGCGCCGGGUAUGUGGUGAAGAACAAUGACUGGGAGAUCUCAACAAUAGGAGCUGUGCGCUUUGGGAGGGCAGCUCUAACGGUUGCCAGGGUGGUUGUAGAUUACAAAUGGUCCCUACGUAACCUUGAACCUGGGACUGAACAGUACCUGAAACUGAAAUCAGAGGUACACACCAGAUCAGCAGAGCAUUUACGUAACCUGUGUUUUGUGAAUGGUGGAGCGUUCAUCAAAGUGGGUCAACACCUGGCUACACUCGACUACCUCCUGCCUCAAGAAUACGUGCAGACAAUGAAGGUGUUGCAUAGUAACGCACCGCAGUCACCGGUUGAAGAUCUCAUGAAGGUGUUUGAAGAAGACAUUGGGAAAAAGGUAGAGGACGUGUUUGAAUAUUUCUCCCCUGAGCCACUUGGGACGGCAUCCUUGGCCCAGGUGCACAGGGCUCGAACCAAGGAUGGACGAGAUCUAGCUGUCAAAAUCCAGCAUCCCAAGGUCAAGGCCCAUUCUUAUGUUGACAUCAAAACCAUGGAGUUCCUGAUCAGGCAAGUUCACUGGGUGUUUCCAGACUUCCAAUACGUGUGGCUCGCGGAGGAAACUAGGAGGAAUCUCCCAAAAGAGCUUGACUUUGUGAGGGAGGGAGAGCACUGUGAGAGAGUGGCGAAAAUGUUUGAACAUUUUAAGUUUCUAAAGGUACCAAGAGUUCACUGGGAGCUGACCAGUGGCCGAGUACUGACCAUGGAGUACUGCGAGGGUGGACAGGUGAACGAUAGGGAGUACAUGACACGCCAUGGCAUCAACGUCAAUGAUGUUGCCAGCAAGCUGGGCAAACUCUACAGUGAGAUGAUAUUUGUCAAUGGUUAUGUGCACUGUGACCCUCACCCAGGGAAUGUUCUGGUGAACAAAACCAGUGCCGGGACGCAGAUUGUUCUUCUGGAUCACGGGCUGUAUCAGACGCUUACCGAUGAUUUUCGUAUCAACUACUGUAAGCUGUGGAUAUCGCUAAUCCAUGCAGACUUGAAGGGGAUCGAGAAGUACUCGAACAAUCUGAACGUUGGUAAGCUGUACCCGCUGUUUGCCUGCAUGCUGACAGCUCGAUCCUGGGAAAAUGUCACUGGGGGGAUUGACAAGAAGCCAGUGACAGAGGCUGAGAAUCAAGAACUGUCAGAUAAUGCAGGUAUGUACAUGAUCCAGAUCUCAGAAGUGUUGAACAGCAUCCCCCGACAGAUGCUCCUGAUCAUGAAGACAAACGAUGUACUCCGCGGCAUUGAAUCCAUUUUGCACUCACGAGCCAGUGCCUCGUCAUUUAUAAACAUGUCUCGAUGCUGCAUUCGAGCCAUGGGGCAACAUAAACUGAAACACAGCUCAGGGUUUGUGAAAGCUUUCAAGACGAGACUUUACACACAGUGGCUUCUGUUGAAAGUGGACUUAUAUUCGCUGUAUUUGUGGAUUUCUAGCUCGUACCUAAUGAAAUUGAUGAAGCGUAAUUCAGUUCCAGUCACAGCUAGUUGAUAAUUAUGGUUUUAGGUUUUUUACCAUUCAGGUAUUGUUGUGAGCUAGUCCAAGCCACGGGUGUUGGGCGUGUGGCGAAUUCACUGAAACACUGUAAAUAUGUCAUAAAACAACAUUUUUCAUCACUUUGCCAAACAAAUAUUUUCUGAUAUAUUAUAUAUGAACAUAUAUUAUAUAAAAAACUUUUGUUUCAAAGUGAUGAAAAAUGUUGUUUUAUUACAUAUUGAUAGUGUUUCAGUGAAUUGGCCACGCAUCCAACACCUGUGGUCCAAGCAUAUUUGUGAUAAUUUUUAAGCAUUUUAUUUUAAUUUCUUAUGAGUUCCAGUUUAUUCAUACCAGUUUUAAUUGAUGUAGAGUACAACUGAUAUAGAAUCUUUAUACCAAGACAGAAGUUUUAAGGGGCACUCUUGUGUGGUCUGUAUAUUUUUACAAAGAUAGGAGUCUUUAAAAGCAUUCAUGCAUGCUUUUGAAAUUUGCAAAGAACACUUUUAAAUAUUGAGUAUGGACUGACUAAGUAUUUUCACAUUAAAUGCAUUAAUACUCUUUAUAACAUGAAGCUUAUUGUGAUGUUAUGAAGAUAAAGAACACAUGGAUAGUUAUUCUUCAAAUAUAUCCGUACACAAUACAGUAAAUGUGAUGAAUACACUGUUCAAAUAGAAACUCAAAAUUUGCGUUGAGUUUAAUAUACGGUGGUCAAUUUAGGCAUAAUGUUUUUCAUGAAAUCUAGGUACUGGUAUUAUAUUUAGGCAGCAUUUGAUUUACAUUUUUUUCUUGAUACUUAUAUAAGCUGUGUCUGAACAGUUAAUCGUUAUAAAUGGAAUAGGACUGUGUAUUGUCAUUGAAUAAGCAUUUACAUAAACAAAGAAUAAAGAGAUUUUAAAAAUA